AUGGAGGAAAUUGAGAAGGCUGCUGAAAGAGGAGAGCUUACUGAACUUGUUCUUAUGGUCAUACGGAUACAACUUGAUGUUGCACAAUGCGGUAUGUCAUCUUCGGAACAACCUCGGUGUCGCACCCCAUUCAAAGAUAUAUCCAACACCACCAACAAUGAAAGUGAACCCACGACAUCUGGUGUGCAACCAGACGCCACAGACCCAAAAGAACGUAAGAGGCAAAGGGAAAGGGAAGUGUAUGCGAAUAUGCCUCAAGACCAAAAGGAGAAGUCACUAAAAAAACGUAGAGAAAAUUAUCAUCGAAGGAAAUCUCAAGCUCUCGUUCCAAAUGAAGAGCCAGAACCCAUAAUCCCACUCACUGCUGAAGAUGAUGAAUUGCUAUCAGAAAAUUGCCUUGAUUCAACAAAUACCACAUCAGCCGGUGAUUGUGACAUCACAACACCCUCACAUAACAAUUCCCGUACGAUGAUUUUAACAAAUGAGCAACGUGAAGCUAAGCGUGCUAGGGAAAGACAACACUAUGCAAGUAUGUCACCUGAGCAAAGGGAGGUGAGACGAGCACGUCAAAAUAUUCAAAAUGAUUGUCGACGCGGUACUCAAACUCAGGAGCACAUUGGAGCAGCAAAUAAACGAAAAAGGGUGGCAAAGAGAGGGAAUAAAAGGAUGGAAAGGCAUCGUCGGCGCAACACUCUAAUCCAAAUUAUAUCCCCAGUGUUGUAUCACUUAAUGAAAAUUCAACUACCCCGAGCGAUUGGAUUAUUCCAGAGGCAAGUGGACCACCUGUUUACGUCCAGAGAGCUUUAG